AUGACAACUCUAGGCUCCCCCCAGGCCGCGAUCGUGUUGCUCCUGGAAAAUGGUGGAGGCAGCGACGGCCGCGUGAUUGGCGACUGCUGGUGUCCCACCGCGAACGGCAAGUCCACAUCCGCAUCCAGUCGGACGGAGAGACUGGGACCCCGAGUUCAACCACCGCAACAAUCCAGUUCCAAUGGUUUGGCAGUAUCGUGGUGCAAGACGCUGGUGGGGGCCAGCGGCGAUGUUCGUCCUGGUCAUCGACUCGUCGUGGGCCAUGAUCUACUGCAGGUUCGCGACAGGAUGCAUCCAGUGCUGCUGGGCUCGUGUAAUCCGAAACGGCAUCACGAGCAUGUGGAACACCCGUUGUUGACCCGACGGGGCUCUUUGGCACUGGCACUUAUCGUCUGGGUGGAGAUCCCAGCUCUGAAGAGGGCAAAAGCAGGUCCACCUUCCACCUCCCACUGGAUCGCCUUACUCGAUGCGUCGCCCCUGAGAGCCGCUCCCAAGCUUGAUUUACUUCCCGAUAAACAGGAAUACCCCCCGGUGAUCACCGAGGUCGAUCGAUCUGGCUGGAUCUCACCGUUCUCCCAUUGCAGUAUUCAGUGCCCCGUCGCCCUCCCGGCCUCAACACCAGCAAGUGGUACCAGGCCUGGGCGCAUCGUCUGCGACCGUCCGCAUCCGCGCACCUCCCAGAGCGGGGUGGGAAGGGCAAUCGAGAUAAGGAAUGUGGACCAGGUCAUUGCCGAGGAAUCCUUUUCCCACCCCCCAAAGACCUGGAGUGGACCGGCAAGCUCUCAACAGGAAGCAUCUGUGCAACUGGCGACAUUGCGGGAUUUCCAGGUCGAGCCGUACUAA